AUGCGUGACCAGACUGCUAUGAAGGCAUCCGCAUCAAUACACCAGUUGUCUUUCACUGCGGUCCUGUUCGCAGGAAUAAUCGUUGCCUCGACAGUGCUAGAGUUCAUGGCAGGCCAGAACUCCUGCCCAUGGCUCCAGCUAACUCAGCCACUGGAGGGAGGCGAGGGGUCAGAUAAUGAUAUGUCUUUUGCAACCUCGGCAGUGAGCCCAGAACAUUUCACAGCACAACAGUCUAUGAGCUCUUUAUUCGACUUCGAAUUUGAAACAGCUUUCUCAACGCCCAUACCACCUUUUCCAACGCACGACGCAAGUUCACAGACACUUAGCUUCGCAGAAGCCCUCCAUCGUACCCAGAUAGUGGAUCAUGGAACAGAAGCAACCAACUUCAACGCUGAAACGCAGCCCCAGUACUGUUCUCUUGACAUGCUUUCGAAUAAAUCGCUUCCAUUGAGACAAAGACCUGUUGAUGAAGCCGAGGGUUUCGCGUUCUUCGAUGCAUCAGAAACCUGCAGCUAUUAUGAACGGGGUCAAAUGGACAGUUUGCCAAGCAGAAAAAUUGCCGGACCUUGUUCCACUUUGCUGUUGACGUAUGGCAGAGGCGACCAUUCCGAACCAUUACAGUCAAUUGAAGAAGAUCUACCGUCUUCGAGAGAACAAUCAAUACCUCUGAGCCCAACUGAGACGUGCGUUGGCGACGAAGAGGGGAGUCCUUGCUCCUCAGUGAUUGAAAGUGACGAUUCCAGUAUAGAGGACAUUGAAGAAAGGAAAGCCUUUGCUUGCCCGUAUCUCCGGCUCGAUCCAGUGCGCCAUAUCGAAUGCUUGAGUCGUAAGCUUUAUCGUGUUCAAGAUGUGAAGCAGCAUCUUUCUCGCCGCCAUUAUAUCAAGCGAGAUAGGACAAUAAGCACUUCUGACAAUACAAGAGGAGUAAACAUAAGGACUCAGAGAGUUCUUAAACUCCGCUUAGAUAGAAGACUAUCACCAGAAAAGCAGUGGCACGAGAUCUGGAAAACUCUGUUCAAUCGGACAUCACCAAGAGAAGGGCCUUAUCUCGGUGACUCUAAGGAAGAAAUCGUUGGAAGUAUGAUUGCGAUAUGGCUACCAAAUGAUCAAGGAAAGGCUGUUCAACAGUUGAUGGAACAAUUGUUCAACGGGUUUCAAGCAUUAUCGAAUGAAGAAUCGAAUGAUAUGGAGACAGAGAAGGUUUCGACAUGCGGUGGCGUUGAUUCGAUACCAAUGACACCAAAGGACAUGGAGUUUGACUUCACUUUACCACUACGUCAAUCGCCCACAACAACCGUUCAAGGAUACUUCGCAGCUAAGGUCAGAGAAGACACACUAGACUGCAGUCCGGGUCCUGAAAUACAAGCCUGGUCCCCAGACCAUGCUAGCUUUGAAGGAAACAAGGAGAAAGCCAUUACACAAGAUGGGCCUUUGGAGCAUUCGAUGGCAGACCAAUAUUGGGCUGUUGGUAGGAAGACAUCACAUUGCACGGAGACGGUCCAUGUCCCUACCGACAAGGAUAGAUGGAAGUCAUUGGGAAAUUGGAUUCCCGAGCUUGAUGAUGAGCAGGACUCAAAGUUAUGGGAUUGGGGCAUGGCCCCCACAGGCUUCUAG